UCAGCCCUCGAAGUAAACACGUCGCCGUUGACCGUCGAUCCGUGUUUAGAUCCUCGUGUUUUUUGACUCGGGUUCGCAGACCAAUUGCGCCUCGUUUUCCUCGCAGACGUCAUUGAAUUAAAUAAAAACUGGUGAAGCGUGGUUGUCCCAGAUCGUCGAUGUAUUUUUUCCUUGUGUUUUUCUGUCGCGAAUUCACGAUGUGCCAUUCACGCGUUUGACACUCCGGGAGAAUUCGUUCCCUCGAAAAUCGUAGCAUCAGCCCGUGAGGUUUUCCCCUUUUCUCUUAUUUUGUCUCGUAAAUAAAUCCGGGAGCGAUUUUGUCCUGUGAUUUUGUGAUGUGACGAACUUGUGCGUGGCAAAUAAAAUUCAUAUUUUUUUUUGCCGGCUCUCAAAGGAAAAGGAAAUUGAGAGAACGUGCCGGAUACCUCGAUGAAAGAGAUGUCAGGUGUCGGACGAUUGUGCCGGUCUGUCCUUUUCUCUCUUUUACUACUAGUUUGCUUUGAAUUGUGCUCGCACCAGGCGUCCGGACAAUGCGGUCCGGGAAGUCAAGAUCGCCAGGACAAAUUGGCACUUUACAAAGUGAUACUGAGGACGUACUGGUCGAGGGCGAGAUUUCCAAAGCAUUAUCCCGAGUGGAGACCCCCGGCACAAUUUGGCAAACUUGUUGGACGAACUCACGAUGCGACGUACUCGCUGUAUCGUCUGGGAGAGAGAUUAACAGCCGGAGGAACUCAAUACGUCGAAACUGGAAGAACAGACGGUCUCGACACCGGCGGCGAAUCGUCAAGUAUUCUAAACACUUUUACCGGCCCGUCAAUUCCACAAGGCGAAGGCAACAGCAUCGCAAGGGCAUUCCUCGAUGGCAAUCACAGUCUCGUCAGUAUUAUGGCCAGAAUAAAUCCCAGCCCCGAUUGGUUCGUCGGAGUUGAUUCUUUCCAACUCUGCGUCGAGGGCAAUUGGGUCGAUACCGUGACCGUUGAGCUGGACCCACUCGACGGUGGUACCGACAAUGGCUUCACCUUUACCGCAGCCAAUUGGCCGACCCGACCUCAGGGAAUCGUCUACAGGAUAACAUCCCGUUAUCCGGCUCAUCCUGCAGGGAGCUUUUAUUAUCCGAUUCUUCCGAGACUUCCGCCAAUCGCUACUCUAACCUUCACGAAGCUCAAAGAAUACACCCUUACGGAAACGUAUCACGAGGACGACGUCGAGGUGGAAUUCGUGAGCAACGUGAGCCAGCAGAAUGGGGCGCCAACGCCACGAGGUACGGACCCGAACCGUGAAGUGAACGAGGAAAUUGCUGAAGAACGAAGAGAAAUGGAUACCCAGAGAUACAGGUACUGGACGACCGGAAGUGGCGAGCAACAAGGAGAAGUCACGGUUGAGCCCUCCCAUAAAAACGAGGCUCCGAUAAUCGAGGACAUCGCAUCCUCGUUUUCAUUGGCCAGAUCGAAAUACUCGGAACGAAGCGAAAAGGUGUACGACUCGAGACAAUCGGAAAAUGGAAUUCACCCAGAUCAGGACUCGAGAGGACGCUUCGCCAAUGAGAAACCGAGGGAAGAGGGUGAGAAAACUGCGUCGUCGUUUCUCUCGAACUCUCAGGAAAACUCAGAGAACAAGGAGGACCUACAGGAUAGAGGUAGCAACUCAACGAGUCCCAAUGGACAUGCUCAUCGUGCCGCGUGGACGAGUUCAACCCCCGUCACGACGAAACAUCAGCACAAACUCAGAAUGAAACAUCGGAGAUUGCAAUUCAAGGGUAACCGUCUAAGACCGCGUCCUCCGAGGGACUGCAAGGUCGAUGACUGGGGUCCCUGGAGCGCUUGCAGUCGUAGCUGCGGAGUUGGCGAGACUCAAAGGACGAGACAGGUGAAAUUGAGCCCUCGAAGACGUGGCGCCCCGUGUCCGCCCCUCAAGGAAACCAAGUGGUGCGGCAGCGCGAGCCCGUGCCCUGCAAACCCCGAAUCCGCCAAACCAUCGGUCGAUUUGUUCCAGUGGUGAAUCGACCAACUUUCACCAUCUCGAGGCAAAAGCAAUACGAUCUCUUCACGACUCUUGUUCACAGUGAACAGGAAAAGCGCAGAGCGAGAACACUUUGAAGUUGCCUCAUUCAAUGAACGCGCCGAAGGCGAUCAAGGUCGAUACGCGAGGAGGCUUAUUUUGCCCCGUUUUUUCCCCCGUGGCGUUAAUCACGCGCUGGAAACGUCGGAGGAAAUCUCAUCUGGUGGAAAAUCAUUCAACAGUGCUGUAAAUUAUUGACAAUCUGGGUACGAGACACGAAGCUUACGUUGCUUUUGACUUUUCGCGUAUCAUCGCUUGUGAAUCUUUCAAUGCAAAUCCUCCACAAUACUGGCAAAUUUAAAUUCGUGCGAGAUCUUCAAAAUUAUAAUGUCGAAUCGUAAAAUUAUGAACUCUCAAAUAUUUUUCAAAUUUAACAACAAUAUGGUCGAAACAAGAACGUAAAAAAAGAUAGAAAAAAAAAACAAGAACGAAUAUUUUAAAUUAUUUCCGCCGAAACCAAACAAUCCACAUUCUUAAUCGUUCUCUCAUUAAACUUGAGCCACUCGCGACUCACACUUCUUCUCGUUGAUUCGAGAAAGCAGACAUUUUUACGAACACAGAGGAGAUUAACAAAGCACAAAAUGCGGAUACGAUAAUGAAGACAAAUGAGAAAACAAAAAAUAUCAUCAGGUGUUAUCGUUUUAGGUGAGUGUAUUAUAUCUUAGCACGUAAAUCUUAACGAUAAUAAUUAAUAACUAAUGUUCUAAUCGUAAAAAUCCUUAUUCAUAGGCCACGUAUUAUUAUUCUUAUUGUAUGUAUAAAAAAAAUGGCAAAUAGUGUCGAUCCUUCCUUCGUGAUCAUGCGAACGAACAAUGAAUUAUUUUGACAAAACGUUUUUCGAGAGGAGAAGACGGUAGAAGCUUUUCGUUAAAGAUCUUUUAUGGGUUGACCGAAUGAUGGCAAAACCCGAUUCAAAUGAAUUCUUGAAAGCAUGAAUUACUCUGGUCGUUGACAGAGUUCGUUAGCUUCCGUCAAACGAUAGUGAAAAUGAACUUUCACCUUCGUAUGUACGCAAGCAUUCGGAGAAUUAAAAAAAAAAAAAAAAAAAAAAAAAAAACGACAAAAAAGUAUUGCAAAUAAUUGUAUUUAACGAUAACGUCGGAAAAUGUUCCACCACUCGAUUCACGGAGAGGUUUCAUGGAGAAAAACAAAUUUUCAUUCGAUUCCAUUCGAACUGUCAUGAAACUUAUGAAGCAGAAAAAAACACUGCCGAAGGGAAAGAGAGAUAAAAGAACAAAGCGAAGAGUGAAAGUACUCGGGACUCCCAAAAUGAAGGAGCGACGUGCAAAGCGAAAUGAAUCUUAGCGAUCGGAGGAAAUUCGCAGACUCAUUAUUCCCAGUCAGUAAAGAGAAAAAGCCGAAUAACCGAAGUAAUAAAAAACGAGGAACGAGGAAGGACCGAAUCUUGGCAAUCUAAACGAUGUUAAGAUUAAUGUUUCACAAAUUAGAUAGUGGCUACGUGACGCUCAACUCGCCUCGUGUUUUUCUUAACCUCUGACACAGCAGACGCACAUACAAUAGUGUUCCUUUUGUCCGCAAAAGAAGGACCCUCCGAGGCGAGUGGGAACGACGAUUAGACGAGUGCGUUAACUUCGUCACGUAAGGAACAAAAGAUCUGGGUAAACGUGUGAGUGUGACUGAAGAAAUCCUCGAGAUCAUUUCGACGAAGAAUGAACAAUUGAUUGAAUUAACAAUUAUAUUACAAAAACUACGAUGAGACUAAGAAUAAUGACGAUGAUGAAUGAAUAUAAAUUAAAAACAAAAUUAUAUAUUCUGUACAAGAUCUGUGCAUUUUAGUCGUUAAGUCGAAUCCAUAAGGUAGCUCAUAGGACACAAUUUAGAAUUAAGGCAAGGGAGAAAACAUGUAGCAAUGUAUAACACAUAAGUUUAUAUUACAUAAUAAAAUCUAUCGAGAAAAUCAA